CCCGAAAGCACCGAGAUGGAGGAACGGAUGAAGGAAGAAAAUGUGAAGGUUGAUUUGGAGGCUCCCCCAUCCCCCGGACUGGAGGGAUCAGCAAUCCGGUGUAGGGACGUGUGCCGAUCCUAUGGGAAACUGAAGGUCCUCAGCAAUCUCAACCUGACUGUCCCACAGGGACACAUUUAUGGCCUGUUGGGGCCUAGUGGAUGUGGGAAAACCACACUGUUGAAAUGCAUUGUGGGAACUCUGAAGAUCUCGCGUGGUCACAUCACUGUGUUGGGGAAGCCUCCUGCAUUCCCUGGUCAUGAGGUCCCGGGGAAGAUGGUGGGAUACAUGCCACAGGAUCUGGCGCUAUACAACGAAUUCACCAUCAGCGACACCCUGACUUUCUUUGGCCGUAUUCAUGGCCUGUCACCCAAGGACACCCGGGCACGCAUGGAUUUCCUCAUCGACUUCCUGGAUUUACCUCAGAAGCACAGCCUGGUCCGAAAUCUCAGCGGGGGUCAGAGACGAAGGGUAUCUCUUGGAGCGGCUCUGCUUCAAAAUCCCGAGCUGCUGAUAUUGGAUGAGCCUACCGUGGGAGUGGAUCCUGUUCUCAGAGCAAAGAUUUGGCAGCAUCUGGUGGAAAUUGUAAAGACGGGGAAAGUGUCUGUCAUUAUCACCACACACUACAUAGAAGAGGCCAGGCAAGCCAAUAUGGUUGGUCUAAUGCGGAAUGGCCAUCUGCUGGCAGAGGGACCUCCUGAGGCGGUGAUGAAGCAACACAGCUCAUCGACCUUGGAGCAUGCCUUCCUGCAGCUGUGUGAGACAUCAGACCAGGUUGGUUCACAACAGGGCUCUAGUCCGCAAGGUGUGGUCUUAGAGGGCAGCCAGUCAUUUGAGAGUGGGCGGGACGAGAGUCGGCCAAUGCUUGGGAUUGUAGCAGGAGCUGCUGAGGAUCCACCAAUCAAACAUACAGUGGACUGGAAGGUUCGAGCCAGACAUAUGUUGCCAAAAUGGCGGAACAUUGCAGCCCUUAUGAUCAAAACCAUGGUACGGAUGAAGAGAAUGCCAGGAUCCUUGUGUUUCCAGUUCUUGCUGCCAGUCAUCCAGAUCUCUCUGAUGUGUCUGUGUAUUGGGGGAGACCCCAAGGGGAUCCAGGUUGCUGUGGUGAACAACGAGACCUCUUCCUCCUCCUACAGCCAAACCCUGCUCUCCUUCUUGGACAACUCCAGUGUGGAGCAGGUACCCUUGACUCACGCAGAGGCAUUCACUGGGAUCUAUAACGGAGAGUACUGGGGUGUCAUCGGGUUUGGCAAGAACUUCACCAGCUACCUGACUAAGAGGAUGCUUCAGCGUCAGGUUCCCAGAGAAGUGGUUGAUGGGGGGUCUGUACACGUCUGGCUGGAUCUGACCAAUCGUCAAAUCGCUAUGAUGCUUCAGAAAAAACUCCAUGAGGCCUUUCAGGCUUUUGUGGAGAACAAGUUGGGAAGUUUGUCCUACCUCGUUGCUAUGCCUAUAAAGUUUGAAGAGCCAAUAUAUGGCAGCCAAAACACAGACUUCACCACAUUUGUCACACCAGGAGCUGUCCUCAGUAUCACCUUCUACCUGGCUGUGGGUCUGACGGCCUUAUCCUUUGUCCUGGAGAGGAAGGAGGGCCUUUUGGACAGGUGUUGGGUCGCAGGUGUGAGCUCUCUAGAGACCAUGUUGGCUCAUCUCUUCUCUCAGCUGUUUGUCAUCAGCGUUCAGAUCAUCCUGCUGCUCAUCUUUAUACUGCUUGUGUUUAAGAUCCCUAAUGAGGGAUCCCUCCUAUUGGUCAUAGCUCUGAUCGUGCUGCAGGGCGUGACGGGCAUCUCCUUCGGCCUGGUCAUUUCUGCUGCUAUCGACGACGAACAGAACGCCAACCAAGCUGCUCUAGGAAUCUUUUACCCCAACCUCAUCAUUAGUGGCAUCAUAUGGCCUGUGGAGUGUAUUCCCUAUCCUCUACGCUACCUCAGCCUGGUGCUUCCUCAGACAUACGCCUCAGACGCCCUGCGCUGCAUCAUGUACAGAGGUUGGGAUCUGUCUCGUAUGAUGGUGUGGCGAGGCUUUGCUGUCACCCUUGGCUGGAACACCUUCUUCCUCAUCCUUGCUACUGUCAUCCUGAAGCUAAGGACGUGA